UAAAACUAGUCUUUAUAAAUUCAUUGUCUCACAAUGGUUCACCAAACUCCCACAAAUUAAAUAUAAAUCUUGUAGUUUGCUCUCUUUUAGAAACACAGUUGCACAGCUGCCUUUAUUUUUUUUUUUCCAAUUAUUAUCAUGGCUUCUACUUCUUCCUCAACCUCUCCAUGCAAAUACGAUGUUUUUAUUAAUUUUAGAGGCGAAAUCAGAUAUGGGUUUCUCUCCCAUCUCUCUACAGCCUUCCACCAGAAACAAAUCCAUGCCUUUACAGACGAAAACCUUCAUAAAGGAGAAGAGAUCUCGCCAUCUCUGUUGAAAAUAAUCCAAGAAUCAUGUGUUUCUAUUGUCAUUUUCUCUGAAAAUUAUGCAGAUUCUCCAUGGUGCUUAGAUGAGCUUGUUAAGAUACUUGAAUGCAAGGAGAGUUUAGGGCAAUUAGUCCUGCCAGUUUUCUACCAUGUAGAUCCAACUCAUGUUCAGCAGCUGACUGGGAAUUUUGGGAAGGCAUUUGGUAAAUCUGUGCAUGGAGAACAAGUUGAAGGUCGUUUACACAAGGUGGAUGCUUGGAGACAUGCUUUGAUGGAAGUAAGCAAUUUAUCAGGAUGGGAUUCACAGGAUGUCAAGUAA